AUGCAGUUUCUUGAACGUGCUGGGGGCUACGUGUACAACCAGUUUGCCCUGCUCAACCCGGCGACCCUCCUGGGCGCCAUCGACGUCGUCGUGAUCGAGCAGCCCGACGGCACCUUGCACUGUUCGCCAUGGCACGUCCGCUUCGGCCUUUUACAGAUCUUGAAGCCCAGCCACAAGAAGGUCGACGUGUAUGUCAAUGGCAUGAAGACGGACUUGCCGAUGAAGCUUGGCGACGAGGGCGAGGCGUUCUUUGUGUUCGAGGCCGACGGCACCAGCGGCGACCAGUUGCUGAAGCUGGUGUUGACGCUGCCGUUGCUUGCCCCGCUGCUGGGAGCGCUGCUGCCGCUGCACACGCCGCUGCCCGGCGACAGCGACCCGCCGGAGCCCUUGACCCUCAAUUUGAACGAAAACGACGCUGUGAAUCAGGCCGACGACAUUGAGUCCCAGAUCGAAUUGACCGACGAAGACCCCAAACAGCCGGCGCUGCCGAAACUGCCGCGGCUGCCGUUGCUCGAACACGUCCACGAGGUGACCAAGAAGCUCAAUAUCCCGUCCAAAGUCGACGUCAACGGCGAUAUCGUCCUCGAUAUGGACGGGUACAAGCCGCUGUCGCAGAAGAACAUCGAGAACCUGAACGAGAACUUUCAGAAGAUGUUUGUCGACGAGAUCUCCAAGCUUAAAUUGCUGGAACUGGACGACUACGGGGUCGACGUGUGGGACCAUAUCAUCCACCGCGACGACGACGGCACCAUUCGUAUCUUGAACCAAGAUGAAACCAACAACUACGGCGGGUUAUCGCCCAGCCAGGCCGCCAGUGAACCGCAUUCUCCCGCGGCUCCCGCACGCACCACCACCCACUGUGACGACCAGGACCCAGAUAAGACCUAUUUCAAGACGUUGCGGCUUACGCUGGACCAGUUGAAGCACUUGGGCCUCCAGUACGGCGAGAACCACUUACGGUUUAAGGUUGCCUACGGGCUGACGGCCGAGGUCGAGGCGCUGUGUUUCUUGUGGAAGCUGAACAUCCCCAUUGUCAUUUCCGAUAUCGAUGGUACCAUCACCAAGCUGGACGCGUUAGGCCAUAUUUUCAAUUUGGUCGGUAGAGACUGGACCCACCCUGGUGUGGCUCGUCUUUUCCAAGAUAUCCGCCAAAACGGGUACAAUAUCAUCUACCUUACAGCGCGGCUGGUGGGCCAGCUGGACGCUACCCGACAGUACUUAAAGGGGAUCAGUCAGGACAUGAACACCCGGUUACCCGCCGGUCCCGUCCUUCUCAGUCCCGAUCGUACCUUUGCGGCGUUGAAGCGAGAAGUGAUCUUAAAGCAGCCGGAAGUGUUUAAGAUGGCGUGUUUACAGGAUAUUAAGCGGUUAUACUACUCUCCCGAAGAAGUGGUACCGACUAACGACCUCGAUGACCGGCGUACACCGUUUUACGCUGGGUUCGGUAACAGAAUCACCGACGCCAUUUCCUACCGCAGUGUGCAAAUCCCGCUGCACCGGAUUUUUACCAUCAACCCUAACGGUGAAGUGCACAUGGAGCUUCUUGAGCUUGCCGGUUUGCACUCGUCGUACUUGAAGAUCGGCGAGAUUGUCGACUUGUUCUUCCCCCCUCUCCGAGAAGCGACGACGUUCUCCCUUACGUUGGACAAUAAGUUACAGUACAGCGAGUACUUGGAGCAUAAGAAGAAUCAAGAGGACCAGCAGCCGAAACUGCCUCCGGGUGAACGGUUUGUCCCCAUUGAUAUGGAUGAGCGGUUUACCGAGUUAAACUACUGGUACACCAAGCCCGAUAUUGACAACUUGACCGAUAUCAGUGACGACGACGAUAACGGCCGCUCGGUGCCGCUGCUGCCUCCCCGCUCACCUCGUCUUUGGGGCCGCACUGCCGCGGUGGCGCUGCUGGACCUGGUGAACCUGAUUCCGACCCCCCAGAACAAGACUUCGUCGGUGUCCCCCUCAAAACCGGCUCGCCCCACCCUGGGCGGUUUCGCUCCGUUGAAGAGUUUCAUGAGCUUUGGCGGGCUGCUGCUGAAGCGUGACGACCAGCACCACCUGGACGACGAGUACGACGAGUCCGAGUUCUUGGAUGCCCAGCAGAACUUCCACAUGCCCGGUCAAUUUGAUGAUGACGACGACGACUAUACGGGUGAACUGGAAGCCGAUGAGGACGAAGACGACGAAGAAGACGACGAGGACGAAGAGGAUGACGACCACGACUAUGACGACGACGACAUUGACGACGACGAACACCACCACCACCACCACUUCCAGAAUGGCCCAAACGAAGACAACAUCCAAGUGUCGGUAACCGAGGAGCUCGUGGUCAACACCACCGCCAACUAA